UCAAGUUAAUUGUUGGGUCGCCAAGUCCCGACAUAUACAAUAGAACUGUUGCGUCUUCAAGCGUCUUCACCAAAACAGAAACAAUGAUUCUUCGGAGGCUUGUUCUGUCUGCAACAACAACAUCGAACUCAAAUCUCAGGAGAAGAAGCAAACCAUUUUCCACUUCUCCCAUACGUCUCCUCUCAUCAUCAUCAUCAUCUCCCGAACCUUCGCAACAACUCGCGAGGCUAACCCACAAGGACUGGCUAGCCCCCAACGAGGUUUUAAAAAUCUUCGAAAACAUCAAAGACCCAACCUCCCUCAUCCCCGCUUACACACACUACUCCAAACGCAAAGACUACCAACCCACCGAGCCUCUCUACUCCCUCCUCAUCACCAAGCUCGGACACGCCAAGAUGUUCGACGAAAUCGAACGCCUCACCAAAACCCUAACCCUCGAGACAAAACGGUGCCGUUUCUCCGAAGCCUUCUUCUACAACUUAAUGAAAGUCUACGGGAACUCCGCCGGGAGAAUCAACAAAGCGAUCGAGACACUCUUCUCCAUGCCCGAGUUCGGAUGCUGGCCGAGCGUCAAAUCCUUCAAUUUUAUACUGAACCUCCUCGUCAAGGCGAAGCUCUUCGACGAGAUCCACGCCGUCUUCGUGAGGGCUCCGGAUCUCGGCGUUGAGAUCGACGCUUGCUGCUUGAACAUACUCAUCAAGGGACUGUGCGAGCGCGGGGAUCUUGAAGCUGCACUCAAGCUGCUCGACGAAUUUACUAAACUAAAAUCGCGUCCCAACGUGAUGACGUUUUCGCCUUUGAUACGCGGGUUCUGUAACAGGGGGGAGUUCGAGGAAGCGUUUCGGGUGCUGGAGAGGAUGGAGAAGAGGGAAGGGAUCGAGCCUGACGCUAUCACGUUUAAUAUUCUGAUCUCGGGGCUUAGGAGGAGAGGUAGGGUUGAGGAAGGGGUGGAGGUGUUGGAGAGGAUGAUGAAGGUGAGAGGGUGUCAGCCGAAUAGUGGGAGUUAUCAGGAGGUGUUGUAUGGUUUGUUGGAUAAGAGGAGGAACUUGGAGGCUAAGGAGAUGAUGGGGAAGAUGGUUUCUUGGGGUAUGAGGCCUAGUUUCUUGUCUUACAAGAAGAUGGUUCUGGGGCUUUGUGAAGAGAAGUCGGUUAAGGAUGUGGAUUGGGUUUUGAGGCAGAUGGUGAGUCAUGGUUUUGUUCCGAAGAUGGGGAUGUGGUGGAAAGUUGUUGGCUGCGUAGUUGUUAAGAACGGUGUCUCUCAAGUGGAUUUGGAUCGCGUUAUAGGCUAAGGUUUAUACAUUGUGCUGUAUUUGUUGGGCACAUAGAAGCUAUAUGUUCUUUGAGUGGAAGAAGCAAAGGCAGAGAACUCAAAGAGUUGUUGUUGACCAAGACACAGACUCAAAACUCAAAAGCUGUACACGAAUCCUUUUGUCGUAAAUUUAGAACUUCAUUUGACUUGAACAUACUCAAAUUCCCAUCCUCAAGCCUUUGAUUACCUAUGAUGAUCCAUUUUCUAUUCUUCCAUUUGGUGUGGCGACUUUCUCAGCUCUAUCAGAGGAGUUCUUGGCAUAUCCAUAUAUGUUGUUUCCAAGUUUGGCUCUAUUUACUUUUUGUACCUUUGCUUCUUUAUUUUUGGAACGUCUGCAACACCUUAAGAAUCGUAUUUGGAGUUUAAUGAUGUAUUUACAUGAUCAUCUUUGCCUGAUCCGACAGUUUUAACUUUCAUGUUGUGCUG